GUUGAAGGAUUCAUUUUGUCGUUUUUGUAUUCUGUGAAUCCCUCUAGGACUUGACCGCCGUCGUGACAAUCGUAUUGACGACAUUCAAACCCCUACCCCAAAUCAAUCUCCGGCGACCACCUGCCGUUUCCGCCGUGCGCUAUCUUUCAAUCUCAUUACCUACCAAACACGAAGAUUUCGGUUUGGUGUUCAUCUUUUGCGACAACCCUUUUUUUUCAUAGAUUGGGUUCUAUCGAACGAAUGGCGUUAACAAAUUUCAUACUGACCGUGGUGGGAGUGAGCGCAGUGGUUCUACUGAUGAGGAGCGAUGUGAAACAGUCCGCCUCCAUCUUCAAACGCAACGUUCGUCAAAUUCGCCACUGGCUCGAAGAAGAAUCUGCAUCCGCCGCUAAGGAAAUAGAGAAGGCGAAACCAAAGGAGCUGCCAAAGAAAGAUAUUCCCAAGGAUGAUUAAUUAAGCUGAUGAUGGGUAGGGUUAGAAAAAAAACAGAGUCCCUGCAAAGAGUUUUAAACAUGUUCACUUACAUGUAAAAAUCCGUAUUUUGGCUUGAUUUUUUUUGGUAAUAAGAAUUUUCACUUAUACAAAGGUUUACUUUGAGCCUAUAAAUUACUAUUCUGGCUUGUUUUCUUUAGCAUAAAUAAA